AGGGAAGGCAUAGCAGUAGUAUUAAAUAGAGACAUAGGUUUUUUUUACUUAGAACAGAAAAAGACUAAGAAAAAAGAUGGAAGCAGAGAAAGGAUUAAAUCUUAUGGAUUCAAGAACGGAGGAAUUGGAAUUGAAGCAGCAAUUCCCACGGCAGCUCUAUCGACGGGAACAGAAUGCAACCGCAACGGUUUUGACCCUAAUCGACGGCAGCGGUGACGGCGGAGCAGGACGGCGCAAGGACGGAUCUCAUUCUUCCCCUCCUUGUCGCAUUUCUGCUUCUCUGUCUCCCAUGCAUCUUGUGCGUCUCAUCGCUUCCCUUCAUCUCAAGUGGAAUAGUAGCGGCAACAGCCAGAGCACAGCGGUGGCGACUUCCUCAAUGGCGACAGAACAGAACUCGACGUUCUCCCCAACAAGCCCUAGCAGCGGCAGCACAUGGCUCGAUGGCGACGGCUCCUUCUUCCGCAUCUCCUUUCUCAUGCUCGUUCUCUCUCUCGGACGCAUCACUCUCUCUCCUCGAAGCUCCAGUCCUGCAUCCACGGUGACAACAGUGAUGACUCGUGAUGAUGACAGUGGCUCCACAGGCAGUGACUGGACUCGAUGGGGAUGACAGAACGACGACGGCAGCUGGGUGG